CCAAAAGUUAUUUACAGCAGUACACGGAACAUUUUUAUCAAGACUUAUUAUAAUUAGUGUGUAGUAGUUUGAUUAGGUAGCCGCUACGAUUAAGAUAUUAUUCAUGCCUAAUAAAUUAUAAUUGUAUCUGUGAUAAAAAAGUGUGUUCCAAUGAGGAUAUUGUUAAUAUUUGUUUAUUUGUAUUAGAAUAAGAAAACUAAAAAUGACUGAAGAAACAAAUAACACACAUUUAGAAAGAACAAAAAUCAAAAAAUUUCUUUUUAGAAAAGAAUACAAAUUAUCUGAUAAGAAAUUCGAAAUCAGAAACUCACUUUUAACAGAUCUCUUCGAAAAUCCGCAUAUAAGUACUGUAUACCAUUUGUUUGCAGCUAUUUUAGUUGGUUUAAUUGUAAAUACUAUAGCUCACGAUCUGUUAACAACUGGAAAUGCCAAACUAGGAUUUCAACUUAUAUUAUUAAGCUUUAACAAAAUCUAUAUAGCAAUCCCAAUAUGGUUUUUGGAAUGUUUUUUUACCUACUUGUGUUACAAAUGUUUUAUACUGUGGGCAAAACAAAGGAUAAGUCUAUGCGUAAAUGCAAAUUUCAACUAUAUCAAAAUAAUGGAUUAUACAUUAUUUUGCUGCGUACCUUUAUACUAUGGAUUAGCAUUUAAAGUGUCCUCAUACUUGACCACGACUUUCCAGUUACCACCAGCUUCAUCAGCAAUAGUGAUAUUUGAAAUGGUCCGAAUGCUUAUGAAAACACAUUCUUUUAUACGAGAGAACGCACCUAAAGUACUAAACUACAAACCAAACGACGAAGAUCCGCUGGAACUACCCGAAUUUUCAAGAUUUUUUUACUUUUUCUUUGCACCAACUCUCAUCUAUAGAGAUGAAUACCCCAGAACAACUCAUAUAAGAUGGAACUAUGUCUUCAAAAAACUCGGUGAAUCCAUCUGCGUUGUCCUAAAUAUGUGUUAUGUCAUCGAGAGACUCAUAAGGCCAACAUUCAAUACAUUCGGAGAAAGAACAUUCACUGUAAAAGAAAUGAUUCUAUGUAUUUGCAAUAUGUCCUUUGCUGGAAUGCUUCUCAAACUCCUAAUGUUCUAUUUUAUACUGCACAGCUGGUCGAAUUUAUUUGCUGAAAUUACCAGAUUUGGUGACAGGAAGUUUUAUUCCGACUGGUGGAUUUCCACUUCCUAUGGGGAGUAUUUUAGAACCUGGAAUAUACUUGUAGGUGAUUGGCUCUUUACCUACAUAUAUAGAGAUACGUACCAGUUUAUAGUACCAGGGAAUAAAACAAUGGCAAAAGUUGUUGUAUUUGUAAUAUCAGCUGUUGUUCACGAAUGGCUGAUGUGUUAUAUGUUGGGAUUCUUCCUUCCCUUGAUGUUUUUCUUUUUUCUGUUUUUAUCUGGUCCUGCGAGCUUUGUUAAAGUACCCAAAUACAACAUUUUUAAUGUUUUAUUUUGGUAUUUUUUGGCAUUUGGUUCAGGGGCUAUGGUUUGUGUGUAUACCAUGGAAUUUUAUGCAAGGGUCAAUAGGCCAGUUGAGAAUGAUACUUUUAAAGAUUUUUUUGUACCUAGAAUGUUUAACUAUAUAACGUAUUGAAAAUUUGUAUUUUUGUGUAAUAAAUUUUAAAUUUUUUA